UCCUUUACAGCUGAAAUAAUUGUAUUGAGAAGCUAAGGGAUGAUCGUUCUGGAAUUGGGUGUUAUUGUGGAUCAUUGUGCUUCUAGAUACAUAUGUUGCGGAGAAUAGGAUGGUUUGUGAGUCUGAAUCAAAGGCUUUUGGCAGCAAAAAGGUCGCAGAAUGUGGAGCAACCCGGCACCCCUGCAAGACCAAUUCAGAAGCAGCUCAAUGCUGCUCAUGAAAUUGCCAUUUACAUUCACAGGUUUCAUAAUCUCGACCUUUUUGAAGAAGGAUGGUACAAAAUCAAAAUUACCAUGAGAUGGGAGGAUGGUGAAGACUCCUAUCCUGGGAUUCCUGCAAGGGUUGUACAAUAUGAAGCUCCUGAAGUGGGUGCUAACAGUUCAUCUAGAGUUUGGAUGAUUGAUGAUACAGACCAUAGUUUUUCAACACCGCCAUUUCAAAUAACAUAUGCAAGGCAGGAUGUAUUCCUUUCUAUCAUGAUCUCAUUCUAUGUAUCAUUCCGUGGAUAUGAGGAGAAAACUUCUGCUGUUAUAUUGAAAUUUGAACUCGUGCACUCUCCAACACCUGAAUUUCGGACUGGGUUGCUGGAUUCUUGUGGUUCAGUUCAUGAGUACAGAAUUCCCCCAAAAGCUCUUCUGGGAUCACAUUCAUAUUGUCCUGUUUAUUUUGAUUCUUUCCAUGCUGUCCUUGUUGAUACAAGUGUUCAUAUCACUUUACUAAAACCUAGUUAUCGAACAACCCGACAGAAGUUUAAUUAUAGCAGUGCUUCUCAGACAUCUGAAGACACUUAUGAUGAAGAUUAUGUUAGAUCAAACACGGUUGUGCUUAUCAAAUCAAUGAUGGCUGCCCAUGAUUUCCUUCUUGAAGACCUGAGAAGAAUAAGCAAAGGAAUCAACCAAGAUAUUGAUUUGAAUGGAAUUACUUUGAAAAAAGAUAUUGUUGAGGGUAGAUUGUCACCUCAAUCUUCAAUGAAGCCAAAAGUUGAUGCUGAGAAAGCCGAUAAUGAUACGAGCCGUCUUAACGAGGAAUCAAUUCAACAUUUUUCAUGGGAAGAUAUGUUAAACUCUUUCCAGUCUAUGGGGAGUCAACUCUUAAAUAUCUGGAAUGCAUUUCUCAGCUUUCACAGGGAAAAUAAAACAAAGAUACUGGAGUUUCUGUUUAACUCAUGGGCUAAUGAUCGAAAAACUGAAUGUUCAAUAUGGAUGGUGUACUCAAAGGUUGAGAUGCCUCAUCAGUACAUGAAUAAUGAUGUUGAGGGAACUUCACGUUUCUAUGGAUUACUAAGAAGAUCACUAAGUACAAGGAGGUUAUCAGAUGAUCCUGUUCAGACAUCAAUAAUGCGAGCUGAACUCCAUAGACAAGGUAUAGCACAAAUGAGGAUUAACAGCCGGUCACUUCAAGACAUGUUCAUGUUCGGAGAUCCUUCGCAAGUUCCUAUUGUUAUUGUAGAGCGCUUAGCAAACAUCACAAGGUCUGUGAGUGUGAAUUCUUAUCUCACUCCUUUGGACGUGGAAAAUGGAUCUACAACAUGCGAGUUGUCUCAGAGUAACCUGUUUCAAAAUGAGGAUGUUCUGAGAGUAGUUGUUUUUGUUCAUGGCUUUCAGGGACAUCAUUUGGAUUUACGGCUUGUUCGGAAUCAAUGGGUUAUAAUAGACCCCAAAGUAAAGUUUCUUAUGUCAGAAGCAAAUGAAGACAAUACAUCUGGUGACAUAAGAGAAAUGGGAUCACGACUCGCCAAGGAAGUCGACAAAUACUUGAAGAGGAAAAUCAUCAAAGCUUCAAGAAAUGGACGCUUAAAGGACAUCCAUCUUAGCUUUGUUGGCCAUUCUAUGGGGAAUCUCAUUAUUAGAACUGCUUUAACAGAAAGCAUCAUGGAGCCAUAUACAAGAUACUUGUAUACAUAUGUUUCUAUGUCUGGUCCGCACUUGGGUUAUAUGUAUAGUUCGAACCCUAUAUUCAAUUCCGGGUUGUGGCUCUUGAAGAAGAUGACAGACAUGCAAUGCAUGCAUCAACUAACUUUCUCAGAUGAUAAUGAUCUUGAGAAUACCUUCAUCUACAAUCUUUCCAAGAAGAUGACAUUGAUAAACUUCAGGAAUGUGAUUCUUCUAGCCUCACCUCAGGAUGGUUAUGUUCCAUAUCAUUCUGCCAGAAUAGAAUCGUGUCCAGGAGCUUCUUUGGAUUCCUCCAAACAAGGAAAAGUCUUUCUCCAGAUGUUAAAUAACUGCUUGGACCAACUCCGAACUCACUCUGACCGUCGUGUGGUCAUGCGUUUCGACAUCAACUUUGACACCUCAUCCUAUGGAAGGAAUUUGAAUUCAUUCCUCGGACGAGCUGCUCAUAUCGACUUCUUGGAGCGUGACAUCUUUAUCAAGUUCAUAAUGUGGUCUUUCCCAGAGAUCUUUAGUUAG